CGUUGCUCUCUCGUGUGUUGGCAAUAUUGUUUUCUUGAGUUUAUUUUUAUUUUGGUUUUGGUUUUAAACUGCGGCCCUGGCUAGGCCACUUGAAAGAGCAAUCCUAAAAUAAAACGCAGAAAUGGUUAAGUACUUAUCUAUCGUGGCUAUUUUUUGCGUGUUGUCUGUCAAAGGUGAUGUUAGAACAACGAUAAUACAAGAUAUUUCUUUGAAAGUUGCAUUAUUUAACUAUUUCAGUAUGUCAGAAUCUGCUCCAACUGACAGUAACCCUGACAUAAUGGGAGUAUCUGAGGAAAUGACGCCCAAUGCAGGAAUCGAACCUAGGCCUCCCGGUCCGGACCAGAGCGACGGCAGUGAUCCGGAACCAGACGAGUUUGCACCGAAAAGGAAACAACGAAGGUACAGGACUACUUUCACCAGUUACCAGUUAGAAGAGCUGGAGAAGGCAUUUUCUAGGACCCACUAUCCGGACGUCUUCACUAGAGAGGAGCUGGCAAUGAAAAUCGGGUUAACUGAAGCCAGGAUACAGGUCUGGUUCCAAAACCGUCGCGCAAAAUGGCGCAAGCAAGAGAAAGUUGGACCUUCCGGCCACCCUUACACGCCUUAUCUGAACCCCUCGGCGGCCGGCCCAGUGCCCUCCGUAGUAGCCCCAACGCUCCCGAAUCCCUUUAACUUACCCUUCGGUCUUCGCAAGCCGUUCGACUCUCUCACGUUCCGGUAUCCCCACCACGUUCUUCCCGGAUAUCUUCCCUCGCCACCCUCUUAUCACAGGGGAGGACCACCCCUGCUACCGCCUUCCAUGGGACUGUAUCCCUCCGCUAACUCAUUCCAAACUCUCCUGGCGAACAUAUCCGCCGCUCAGAGGCCCAAGCAAGAGUUCACCGCCUCACCUCCGUUGUCUCCAGGGUCGUCCUCCUCGGGGGUCACGCCGCCGGACGUGGACAGGAGAAGUUCCAGCAUCGCUUCUUUGAGACUAAAGGCAAGGGAACACGAACUUAGACUAGAAAUGCUCAGGCAAAACGGUGAUUUGAUUAGUUGAAUGGUUUUAGUGGGAGCAUAGUUUAGGGGACGUUUUGUUGUUUCUUUAUUUGAGAAGCAGUGUUGAGUACUAUUGAUUUGUAUUUGUUGUUUUGUUAUUUACUUAAAUGUGGCCAACAUCCAGUUUGUUUCAUAUUGUUGAAUAUUUAUAACCGGUAAAAUUACAUAGCCGUAAUGUUAUUUCAUAUUCUUGCAGCGUACGAAAUAAUAAUUGUUAACUUUCGACUCAUUACUGUAAUUG